CUGCUCUCUGUCUCUGUCUCUGUCUCUGUCUCUGUCUCUGUUCUUGGUGGGUUUGCCAGAGCUUUUAACUGGUAAAUCAUACCGGCAUUGCCAUUGUUUUAUAGCUUGUGUUUACAGAUCAGGCUAUUUCUCCAUUUGGGUACAUAAUUUGGUGACUCAUGGAGAAGUUUAUGAGACUUAUUUCAAUGUCUCCUCUGCUUCUGCUUCUUUGCUUGCCUCUAGUACUUGCGGGUCAUGACUAUGGCCAAGCACUCAGUAAGAGCAUUCUCUUCUUUGAAGCUCAGAGAUCUGGUUACCUUCCCCAUAAUCAGAGAGUCACUUGGAGAUCAAACUCAGGCUUGAACGAUGGCAAGGCUAGUGGCGUGGAUCUGGUAGGAGGGUACUAUGAUGCCGGCGACAAUGUGAAGUUUGGGCUUCCCAUGGCAUUCACCAUUACAAUGAUGUCAUGGAGCAUAUUGGAGUAUGGAAAACAACUUGGUCAUACUGGUGAGCUUGGUCAUGCCAUUGAUGCUGUUAAGUGGGGUACUGAUUAUCUCAUUAAAGCUCACCCUGAACCAAAUGUUCUCUAUGGAGAGGUGGGAGAUGGUAACACUGACCACUACUGCUGGCAAAGGCCGGAGGACAUGACCACCGACAGAAGGGCUUACAGGAUCGACCAGAACAAUCCCGGGUCGGAUCUUGCUGGGGAAUCUGCCGCCGCAAUGGCUGCCGCCUCUAUGGUUUUCCGUCACUCUAACCCUGCAUACGCCGCCGAGCUUGUCCACCAUGCCUAUCAGUUAUUUGAUUUUGCAGACAAAUACAGAGGCAAAUACGAUAGCAGUAUUACUGUGGCACAGAAAUACUACCGAUCCAUCAGUGGAUACAAUGAUGAGUUGCUAUGGGCUGCUGCAUGGUUGUACCAAGCAUCUAACAACCAAUAUUACUUGGACUACCUUGGAAAGAAUGGUGAUUCAAUGGGUGGAACUGGUUGGUCCAUGACGGAGUUCGGUUGGGAUGUCAAGUAUGCUGGUGUUCAAACUCUUGUUGCCAAGUUCUUGAUGCAAGGCAAAGCCGGUCAUCAUGCACCGGUCUUUGAAAGGUACCAACAAAAGGCUGAAUCUUUCAUGUGUGGGUGCCUGGGGAAAGGCAACAAGAACGUUCAGAAGACUCCUGGUGGUCUGAUUUUUCGCCAGAGAUGGAACAAUAUGCAGUUCGUCACGAGUGCUUCCUUCCUCACAACUGUCUACUCUGACUACCUUGCGUCUGCUGGUAGAUCAUUGAGGUGUGCUGCUGCCAAUGUUGCACCAUCUGAGCUCCUUGGCUUCGCAAAGUCUCAGGUGGAUUACAUUCUUGGAGACAAUCCAAGAGCCACUAGUUACAUGGUCGGCUAUGGAAACAACUACCCACAACAAGUUCAUCACCGGGCAUCCUCGAUUGUUUCUGUCAAGGAUAAUCCGUCAUUUGUGAGCUGCAGAGGAGGUUAUGCCACUUGGUUCAGCAGGAAAGCAAGUGAUCCCAAUGUUCUUACUGGCGCCCUUGUUGGUGGACCUGAUGGUUAUGACAACUUUGCCGAUGAAAGAGACAAUUAUGAGCAAACAGAACCUGCUACCUACAACAAUGCCCCUCUCCUCGGUAUAUUGGCGCGACUAAGUGGUGGUCAUGGCGGUUAUAAUCAACUCCUUCCAGUGGUUGUCCCAGCUCCUACCAAACCAGUAGCAGCACCGCAACCUAAAGUGACUCCUGCUCCAGCAUCAUCUUCUGUCCCAAUUGCAGUGGAGCAGAAAAUGACAACAUCAUGGACUGCCGAGGGAAAACCUUAUUACAGAUAUUCUACAGUGGUAACUAACAAGUCUGAUAAGACACUGAAUGAUCUCAAGCUCUCGAUAUCCAAGCUUUACGGCCCUCUUUGGGGUCUCAGCAAGACUGGAAAUGCCUAUGGUUUUCCCUCAUGGCUCAACUCUUUACCAGCUGGGAAGAGUCUUGAAUUCGUCUACAUCCACUCGGCCUCUGCUGCUGAUGUCUCAGUUUCCAGCUACACUUUGGGCUAGAAUAUGAGGAAAAUCAGCUACAAAAGAGUGUGUGGCUCACACGAAUCGGGUUGGUAACGUAAGAAGAAUUGUGCAUAUAAAAUGCUGAGUGAGGGGUCUUUUUUGUUUCUUCGUCUUCCUUUUUGAUUUCAACUUGUUGAUUUGGUAUCUGAUUAGGUUUUUAAAUGGUAGAAGGUCAAAAAUAAAGUUGGGGGAUGAAAGGUGUGAAGAGACGAUUUGAAAAGAAGUGCUCAUCCUCUUUCUCCUCCAAUACACUGUAUAAGAUAGAUAUGGUGGAGAGAUAGUUCAAAGAGAGUCAGCUGAGAAGUACAAAGAAAUGACUUCUCUGUUGUUUGCCAGAAGAACCUUUUUCGUUCUUCUUAUGUAUUUCAGAGGAGCUCUUGUGUACUCUUUCUUUUGUGUUGUGAUGUUGUAGUCUUUGCAACAUUCUAUGUGUUUCCCAAUAUGAAUAUAGUUUGUGAAAUGACAUUGUGCUUCUCUGCCUUAAA